AUGGCGAAAAACAUUCUCUUAUUCAGCAUUGUAGCUCUCAGUUUCUGCUUCUUUGCCUUUGCAUUUGAGCCUUCACCUUUGCAAGAUUUCUGUGUUGCAGAUGCUGCUGCCUCAGGGAGAGUAAAUGGCGUGGCCUGCAAGAACCCCAUGUCUGUUUCGGCUAAUGAUUUUUCAUUCAGCGGGCUGCACUUGGUUGGUGACACAUCCAACCCCGUUGGGUCCAGGGUGACACCAGUUACUGUGGUUCAAUUGCCAGGUCUCAACACUCUGGGCAUCUCAAUGGUUCGUAUUGACUAUGCGCCAAUGGGAAUUAAUCCACCUCACACUCACCCCCGAGCCUCUGAAAUCCUGAUCGUUGUUGAAGGCUCUCUCGAAGUUGGGUUCAUCACCUCAAACCCAGAUAACAAGCAGAUUACUAAAGUACUUCAAAAGGGCGAUGUUUUUGUGUUCCCAAUAGGACUUGUUCACUUUCAACGCAAUGUUGGUAAGGGAAAUGCUGUAGCCAUUGCAGCAUUAAGCAGUCAGAAUCCAGGUGUGAUUACCAUUGCAAAUGCGGUUUUUGGAUCAAAACCGGACAUUGCUAGUGAUAUUCUUGCCAAGGCAUUCCAGGUCGAUAAGAACGUUGUGGAUCAGCUCCAAGCCAAAUUCUAG